GUCUGCAGUGACGAUGUGGUCCCUCCUUCUCCUCUGCUUCACUUUCAUUGAACCGGUGGUUUUACAAGGAGGAGAGGACAGGCUGAUCCUUCAGGGUGGCACUGGUCCAUGUAAUGGCUACAUUCAGGUUUACCAUGGAAAAAAAUGGGGCUGGGUUGGAAGCACAAGCUGGAGGAAGGAGAAUGAAGAAGUCGUGUGUAAAAGCAUCGGCUGUGGACGACCAGUGGAAUCAGGCCAAAAGUGGCUGCCUCAAGGUAGUUUCAUCUGGUUAAAUGACCUGAAGUGCACAGGCAAAGAGAAAGACCUGUGGAACUGUAAGAGUCCAGGCUGGGGGGGCAGCGACGCUGAGGUCGAACUAGUGAAAACGAUCAACUGUUCAAAUCAGAUCCGUAUCAGUCUGGACAGGUUUAAAUGUUCUGGGUCAGUGCAGUAUGCUACAGAUGGGACCACUCCUGAAGGUUACUUCUGUGGUGACGACUGGGGCUAUGAAGAGAAAAGGGUUGUGUGCAAAAACCUUCGCUGUGGUGAACCCGUGGAGGAUGAAAAGUAUCCAUCAAUGGGCAACGACACAAAUAAAAGCAUGAAACUGGCUAAAUGUGUCGGUAAUGUGACCGACCUGUGGCAGUGUAUAAAAGAGGAGAAACGAUGCCAAAAACCUGCUACUGUCACUUGUUCAGAUCAUGAUUUAAUUCGUUUAAAAGGAGACCGCUCAAAUGUCUGCUCCGGCCGGUUGGAGAUAAAGAAACACAAUACAUGGACCAACAAUAUGAGCAAAGCAAAAAGCAUGGAUCCUAAUGGGUGGUGCAAGAAAAUGUUCUGUGGUGAGUUUGGUUCCAAUGUGACGGACGGCAGCAUUACAACCCUGACAUGCUCAAACAAAGUGAAAACUGUCCUGAGAGACCAAGAUAAAGAGAGCACAUGUUAUGGCUCGGUACAUGUUCAGGUGAACGAUUCCGUUCACUCCGUCUGUGCUUCUGAAGCCCCCUGGACCAGGCAAAAUGCUGAAGCUGUUUGCACAGAACUAGGAUGUGGGCCGCUGGUCAGUACACAAGCAGACCCAAGACGACCUUCAAAGGCAAUAAUGGACUCUGUGAACUGCACAGAAAAUGAUUCCUCUCUGUGGCACUGUAAGGCAAAGCGCCACGAUACACCCUUCCAAUGUUCCUCUCAACCCUACGUCAUCUGUUCAGCUAGCAUCAAAGUUGAGCUGAAAGACGGUCCUGGACGAUGCGCUGGGAGAGUGGAGAUUUUCUAUGAGGGCAAAUGGAGUAAAGUGAUGAUCAGAAAGGACACACAGUGGUCAGAUGAGAAUGCAAACACAGUCUGCAAACAAAUGGGCUGUGGAGGUGUACGGUCCAAAACUGAGAAGUUCGGUAAGGCCAAAUCUGGGACAGAAGCCAUGCCCAAGGAUGUGAAGUGCACCCCAGAAAGUAACAUUAUAACCAAGUGUGACCUGCAAGGCACCUACACGAGCUCACGUGAUGACGAGGAGGUGGGACUGGUCUGCGAAGACCACAAGGUGUUUUACCUGGACGGUAACAGUACCUGCUCUGGCCGGGUGGGAGUCCAGCACGGAGACAAACAGUACUGGCUCUCUGGGUCUAGUGAGACAUGGGACAACAAAUCUGCCAACAGCGUGUGUAGACAGAUGUACUGUGGGAGCAUGACCAAUUUCAGCAAAUUUAACGCUCCUACAAAAAACUCUAUUUGGCGUCCUAACCCGUCCUGUAAAUACAACUCCAUUCUUGAUUGCGGGACAAACACUUCCAGCAGUGGAACAGAUAUGAUUGCCUGGGUGGAAUGUUCAGGUGAUAGAACAAUGAGCCUGACCAAUGGAUGUUGGGGGUACGUCAACAUUAGUGUGGAAGGUGUCUAUGGAGGGGUGUGCGCAGACUCCUGGAAUGAGGAAAAGUCUAAGAAACUCUGUCAAGAAUGGGGGUGUGGAAGAGAUGUCCUACGUGCAACCAAACCGAAGAGAGACUUUGAAGUGAAGUUCAAAAGUGUGCACAUGGUAGAAGAGAACGGCAGCCUGUCAAAGUGCAGCUAUGUGAAAAAUGAUGGCAGUUGUGACCCAGCAUAUGUUGUGUGCUCAGGCAGUCUCAAGCCACGACUGAAAUCAAGCGACUACUGUUCUGGAAAAGUGGAAGUGAAUUAUGAAAACCAGUGGCGUCCAGUUUGCGGAGGUGCUCUUAAAGACCCCAAUACACAAAACCUCUUUUGUAGGAUGCAGGGCUGUGGUGAGGCUGUUCAUUCCUUUGACUACGAAAGAAGCGAUAGUAAUGCCAUCUCAACCAUGACAUGUAAAAACCCGACAGAGCACAAUGACUUAAAAGAAUGUAAGGCCUCACUUGAACAGAAGGCCUGCACUUCCACCAGUCUUCAGUGCUCCAAUUCGAAGAAGAUGGCACUGGCGGCAGGUAAUGCCUGUAGCGGUGUUGUGGUUGUUCUCUCGGAGGGGAAACAGGCCCAGGUCUCCUAUCAAGGAUGGUCAGAAGCAGAAGGUCGAAAGCUUUGCAAAGACCUGGACUGUGGACGUUUGGUAAAAGUCGGCCCUAAUGACCCAAUUGCAGGGAGUGAGUUCUGGAGCAAUACCUUCAACUGCACAGGCGUGGAGGAUGAGGAAAACAUCUGGGCUUGUGAAAAGCCAGUGCCACGCAGUAAGAAGGAGCUGCUCUACAUUGAAUGUGAAGGUGAGCCCACAGUCCAGCUGGAAAAAAAAUGUCAUGGUAGCCUAACAAUCGAUGGGAUGGAAGUCUGUGACACUUCCUGGGACACCACAUAUUCAGCCAAAGUUUGUCAGCAACUGAAAUACAGCAAUGCCAUACCUGGUAAAGCCAACAAUUCACCGGCUAUUGGAGGAAAAAACUAUUUCCGCGUCCACUGUGAGGAACAUCAUCACAAAAUAGGCCAGUGUAACAGAUUCAAGGAACCAUGUUCAGGACGCCUGGUGUCUGUUUAUUGUACUAAAAAUGUUAACUUUACAACCGCAGAAAGAUGUGGUGGGCAAAUAGAAGUCCACUAUGACACAGAAUAUGGGGGUAAAGUGUGUUAUGACAAAGAAUUGACCCUGGAAUAUAAAAAACGCUUUUGUGAACAGCUUAAAGGUUGUGGAAAACCAAUAGAUACGCCAGAGGAAACCAAGACAGAGCCCUUCCCUAAGGACAUUAGUGAGUGGACAACAGUACUGAAGUGCCCUGCCGGACAGAAAGACUUUCGAUAUUGCCUCUCCAGAGAGUCUUGCGCUGAUAAAAAACCAGCAAAGAUCUACUGUGACGGUUACAAGCCCCGGGUUAUUAAAAAAAAGGAGCCCUUUAAAGUAAAUGUACUUGCUAUUGUCCUGGGACUGGGACUGUUUCUGAUCCUGGCAAUAGUCAUCUUCAUAUUUGUGCGAGUGUACAUCAGGAAAAACAAGAGUUUCAAGUCCUUCCCGCCGGGAUUUCCACUGAGACAUGAUGUAGAGCGUGACAGUGGUGAGUUUGAGGAGAUACACAGCAAAGAAAUGGAGAACAUGGGAAGUGGUGGAAUCAGAUCAGAGUCUGAGGUUCUUACAGAGAACGAUGCAAGGAGCACUUCUUCAUAUGAUGAUAUUGAUAAAGUCUCUGAGCUUGAGCCCCUGACCUCCCGACCCUCGACCACUGAAGACCCACAUGACAGCGGCGUCCAAGACAACAAGCUUGAGCAAAUUACAAAAGAAGAUGGGGAGACCUAUGAGGUAGACGACCCCCGGGAGAAUUAUGAUGACAUCGAGGCUGAUCUUGAACCCACACAGACUACAGCUGAAGUCCAUGACAGCCCCAGAAAUGCACCUGAAUGCAGCACAAACACACCUCCAGACCUGGUGCUGGGCGAUGAUGACUACCUAGUGCCAGGUCAAGAUGAGUGAGCUGAAGUAGGUU